AUGUGGGUAGCAUUGAUACAUAAACCAUCUCAUUCUCUUCUCACAGGCACAGACAACAACAACAACAAAAAUGACAGUGAAAAAAUUUUUGAGGGUGAAAAGUUUAUUAUAAUUUCAUUGCAAAUAUCGGUGACAAAUGUGUGUAGAGAAAGGAAUCACGACGAAUUUUUAUCAUUGACAGAUAACAGUGAUUAUUUCUUCAAUACGAUUUGUGAUUUUGGUUGA